AUGUUUUCCUGGCUAGCAUUGAGUCAUCAAACCUCGCGUCGCCGGGAUGAAGAGCACCAACCUCUUCUCCCAGAGUACAAUGAGGCCACUCAGAGGCAGACUCGUCUCCACGAGAAGCUUCACACAUAUCAGAUGCUACGGGCCCUUUCAAACGGCUACAUGCCCUCCAACGAGCAGAUCAUUACUCACCUCCGUACUUUGCUCGCAGCCGACGUUCUCAAUCCCCAGGCUUCUGGCUUGAGUCCCUCCGGCAGAGCCCUGGUCCGAACUACGCGCAUGUGGCUCAGCGAGCUAAUCGAUCUACUAAAGGCCAAAAACUCCAAUGAUCAAGUGCAAGACUUCCUCUGGUACUUGGCCAAGGCACGUCUCGAAGUAGACUCGUCAGAUCUCCACGUGAGAGCUUCCACGGCAAAGAUGAAGGCAGAUGUAAUGGCCGCCGUCGCAAGCGUCAAGACGGUUGGAUCGCUUCUGCUUACAAACUCGGACUUUCGCAUCUUCCUUACAGAUCUAUCUACCGUCUCCCGUGAAGUCUUUCGCGAUACAGCAUUCACAUUAAGGGACGUAGCUCACGACACCGGCAAAAAGAUUGAGCCGCCCAAGGAGAAGCAGCAAGCUCUGAAACACGCAAACGGAGAUGCACAGCCCGCGCCUUCAACUGAAGACUUGCAGCAAGAGGUUAUCGAAGUGGCCGAAAUCGUGGCAGACGGCGCUGGUGAUGUGCUGGAAACGGCGGCCCGCAGUGCGCGGGAACACAUCCAAGGAGAAGAGCAAGAGGCCCUGACAUAUCGCCUCAAGCAAGCCGUUCUCAGACUUCGCCAACGCCCCAACUACUCUGACUCUGUUUCUACUUUGUCUCUUCUCCUGAGGCGCUAUCUCAAGAUUUACUCUCGUGCUGCGGCGCGCACUGCUGAGGUUAUAGAAGAAGACGUCGGUAUGAAUCCGGAAGCCGAUGAAGCCUUGCACAACUUUUGGCUGCUCGUCACAUCAUUCGGUAACAAGAAUGCCUGGAAUCGAGUCGAAAAGUCGUUCAAUGAGGUCGUUGAGACCGGCCAGUCGGACCCAGCAUUCGAGGACCUGGUAGAUCACCUCUCCAAACUGGUGCAGGAUAUCCUCAUGGAUCCGGACUUCUUUAAUAAUGCGGAGAAGCGGUUUGAGGAGAUUCGUGCCGAGUCGAAAGAGCUCACAACGGAAACCUCCAUCAGAGAAAAGGUCGAUGAUUUGCUCGGCAAUCUCAGUUCGGCCCUACGCUCGGUGAGCGAAGACGCUGAAGUCACUCAGCUCAUUAAUAGUUCGACCCGUAUUGCGCACAUUGUGUCGCCAAAGCAUCAGUACAUCAACAGCGACAUGUCGACGGACCUCGUCAACGUCUUCGUCCCGUUGCUUAUACAGGGAAUCCAGUAUCUGCCCAUCCCGCGACUCGAGGUCUCGACUCCGGAUGUAGAUUUACUUCUCGAAAACCUAGUCCUGGAGCCUGGUCGAACUAUCAAUAACACUUCAUUUCUGCCUUACAGGCUACAAGUGUCGACCCGGAAUGACGUCGACAUCCGUAAAGCUCGCUUCCAGAUCCUGUCAACCGUAACAUCUGUGGCCAGAAUUAAAAUCUCGGGGCUUUCCAUUGCCGCCGAAGAGCUGGGAUACUGGUUGCACCUGCAUUCCGGCAUCUUGAGAUUCAUGGACGAGGGCCUUGCUAGCAUUCACCUGGAUGAGCGUGGUAUUGACCUACUGCUCGACAUUGAAAUUGGCCGAGAUCGCCUCGAGAAAAUUGUCUCUCUCCGCAAAGCCAGUGUCCGCAUCCACCACCUCAAUUACACCCUUCGGCGCUCCAAGUUUUCAUUCAUGGCCUGGCUCCUCAAGCCCUUGAUCCGCCCCAUUGUCAAGAGGGCAUUGGAGAAGAGCAUUGCCUCUGCAAUCGAGGACGGCCUUCACACGCUCAACCGAGAACUCGUCUUUGCCCGCGAGCGACUGCGAGCAACCCGCAUUGCCAGCCCCGAAGAUCUCUGGACAUUCAUCAGAGCCGUUGCCGCUCGCCUCGUCCCCAGACCACACCCAGACAUUGAGGCUCGCAUUGGCGUCCGUCCGGAAAUAUUCCGCGGCCGCUAUGCUCCGGGAAGCCUAGUCCAGCUUUGGGAACGUGAGGCUCAAGACGCCAGCCAGAAGAUCUACGAGUACGAGAGAGGCGGGUGGCGCAAUGACAUCUUCGGUGUGCGGACGCGUCCAGCCUAG